UUUUUUCAGAAAACUAUGUUUAUCCUAGCCUUAUAACAAGAUCGAAAUUCCCCUUCUGGAAAUUGAGAAAUAAUAAUCAAAUUUCAGCCGCCAUGCUAAAAAUCUUAGGAGCUGGCCUUCAAAGUUAUACCAAAACUCGGAUGAACUUUUUUAUGUAAUCUAAAUUUCACUCGGAUAUACGAUAAUUCGCCCUCCAAUGAGUGAUGGAAUCAUAGGUGGUUAUAAAUAUUUUCGCUGAAAGUUUUGCUAUUUAUCGGAAGUUGCAGAGAGUUAACUUGCGUUUUUGCUCAUGCUUGAUCAAAUAUUCGUGGUUUGUGGCUUACAAAGCUAUUUAGGUUAUUGAGUUUGAUUUGCUUAAUCUAGUUAGAAGAAAGCUAUCUCGUGCUAUUUAACCUCCACAACAAUUAUCGGUUUCAAAUCCAUUACACUCAUGUGAAGAAAGGGUUGCACAUUUGCCAGAUGGCUAAGUACCAGCACUUUAAAUCCUGUUGCUCCAGUCCCAAUAUCGCAAUUGUUAAGUACUGGGGGAAGAGUGAUGAAAGGAACAUCCUUCCCCUGAACUCCUCAGUCAGUGUGACUCUCAGCUCGGACGACAUCAGAACCAGAUCUUCACUCUACGAAGUUUCAAACUGCAAUAAGUCAUCUCUAUCUCUCGUUUUAAAUGGAACAAAAAGCGAGGUUGGACCCAGACUACAAAAUAUAAUGCAGGUGCUCAGGACCAGAACGACAAAAGAAGAGCGAAAGACAAAGUCUUUGCUGAUUGUUUCCCAGAAUGACUUUCCUACUGCGUCUGGCAUGGCUUCUUCAGCAUCCGGCUUUGCUGCUAUCGCUUUCCUCUUGUGCAGUUUCUUCGAACUGAAUUCGGAUUGGUCAGUUAUUGCCCGACUGGGUUCAGGAUCUGCAUGUAGGAGCAUGCACGGAGGAUUCGUUUUGUGGGAAAAGGGAACAUGCAGCGAAGACAGCCGAGCUGUUCAGCUAUCUGCCGAAUCCCAUUGGCCAGAACUGAGAAUUCUCGUCCUAGUUUUCUCAUCUAGCCAGAAGAAUAAUCCGUCCACUGGAGGCAUGCAGAGAUCAGUUGAAACGAGCCAGUUGCUAAAGCAUAGACUGGAGAUUGUUUCUAACCGAAUCGCAGAAUUAAAACAAGCGAUUCAAAAUAAAGAUUUUGAGAAGUUUGGAUUAAUUAGCAUGAAAGAAAGCAAUCAGCUACAUGCAAUAUGUUUAGAUUCUCUACCGCCCAUCAGUUACUUGAACACUCAGAGCUUCGAGCUAAUUGGAACCAUUCACGCAUUUAAUGAUAGCUAUGGCAGAUUGCUCGCAUGCUACAGUUUUGACGCAGGGUCAAAUGCUUUCAUCUUUUUUGAAGAGAAGACCAAAACGAAGCUGUAUAGCUGGCUCUUGCAUGUCUUUCCUCAGUGCAACCUGACGCUGGAUGAGCGUGAUGAACCGGAUAGCAAAGCUGCCAUGUUGGGCAUUCCAGUUUGUAGCUUGGACGCUACCGCUAUCAUUCCACACUUUGAAACGAGAGUGGGCAGGGGGCCAAUGGAGUUAUUGACCCCGAUACCUGUCGGUGAACUAUAGAAGAACAUAUUUCAAACAUACAGGGUUUUUCAGAUAGAUGUACGAAGUAAUACAUCAUUUAGUUUUACGAUGAAUCACCCUGCGAAAAGAAAACCUUUGUAUAGCCAUUGUGUGUCAAAUAUUUAAUUCAACAACUUGUUCACAAGUUUUC